AUGAGUUUACCAAGACAUAGCCAAGAGUUUAGAGACGGCGUCAAUAGAUUCUUGGACUAUGCUUACUCCGUUGGAAAUCCUCAAGGAGAGAAAAUUCUAUGUCCUUGUGCAAAAUGUUGCAACUUCCUUUGGGGUCAAAGAGAGUCUAUUUAUAGCGAUUUAAUAUGCUUUGGAUUUGUCAAGGGCUAUACACGAUGGGUUAAUCAUGGGAAAAGUGUAAUUGGUAUGGAUGUCGAUACUGGUGAUACCGGUGAGAUUUAUUCAUGCGAUGACAUUGAAGGCUUGCUAGACGAAAGGUUUAGGAAUGUGGCAGAUGUUGAGGGAGAAAAAGAAGGUAUGAACGAAGAUGCAAAGAAGUUCUAUAAUUUGGUUGACGAGGCUAACAAGGAACUAUAUCCUGGUUGCAAGGGAUUUUCUACGUUAUCUUUCACCAUCCGACUAUACUUGUUGAAGUGUCUGCAUGGAUGGAGCAAUGCCUCGUUCACUUCCCUCCUGGAGUUGUUGAAAGAGACUAUUCCUAACUUGAAUCUCCCUUAUUCUUUCAACAAAGCCAAGCCUAUGGUGAGAGAUUUAGGUCUUGAUUAUAAAAAGAUUGAUGCAUGCCCAAAUGACUGCAUGCUAUAUUGGAAAGAGCACGAGAAUGAAACAUGUUGCCAUGAAUGUGGAACUUCUCGUGGGAUUGAGCCUGCGGUAGUUGAAGGUGACAUAUCUUCAAAGAAAGCUCACAAUAUUCCUGUAAAGACAUUACGACACUUUCCCCUAAUUCCCAGGCUUCAAAGGCUAUUCAUGUACUCAAAGACUGCUAAGAAUAUGAGUUGGCAUCAGGAAGAGCGUAAAAAGGAUGGAAAGCUAAAGCAUCCUACCGAUGGUCAAUCAUGGAAAGAUUUUGAUAACCGGCAUUCAGAAUUUGCCAAGGAACCUCGUAACUUGAGACUUGGUUUGGCGAGCGAUGGAUUCAAUCCGUUUUGA